GUUCUCUGUCUGCCUGCCAGGAGGAGCGAGCCCAGGGAGAUGAUGCAGCCCAGUGAAUACCGAACUAGAGGAAAAGAGAUGGUGGAUUACAUCUGCCAGUACCUGAGCACGGUGCGCGAGAGGCGGGUGACUCCAAAUGUACAGCCUGGGUACCUGCGAGCCCAGUUGCCUAUGACUGCUCCGGAGGAACCCGACAGCUGGGACAGCAUCUUUAAGGACAUUGAACGAAUCAUCAUGCCUGGGGUGGUGCACUGGCAGAGCCCCCACAUGCAUGCCUACUAUCCGGCUCUCAACUCUUGGCCAUCCCUGCUAGGAGAUAUGCUGGCUGACGCCAUUAACUGCUUAGGAUUCACGUGGGCUUCGAGCCCAGCUUGUACAGAGCUGGAGAUGAAUGUCAUGGACUGGCUGGCGAAGAUGCUGGGCCUCCCGGAGUACUUCUUGCACCACCAUCCCAGCAGCCACGGGGGCGGUAUCUUGCAGAGCACGGUCAGCGAGUCCACUUUAAUUGCCCUGCUGGCAGCAAGGAAGAGCAGAAUCCUAGAAAUGAAAAAGUGUGAGCCCGAUGCUGAUGAAUCCUCGCUGAACGCUCGACUUGUUGCCUAUACCUCUAACCAGGCUCACUCCUCUGUGGAGAAGGCGGGCCUGAUUUCCCUUGUGAAGAUCAGAUCCCUUCCUGUGGAUGACAACUUCUCACUUCGAGGAGAAGCUCUCCAGCAAGCCAUCGAGGAAGACAAGCAACAGGGCUUGGUGCCUGUCUUUGUCUGUGCGACACUAGGGACCACUGGGGUCUGUGCGUUUGACAAGCUGUCAGAGCUGGGCCCCAUCUGUGCCAGGGAGGGGCUGUGGCUUCACAUCGACGCCGCUUACGCAGGUACAGCUUUUCUGUGUCCCGAGUUCCGAGGAUUCCUGGAGGGCAUAGAGUACGCCGACUCCUUCACCUUCAAUCCUUCCAAGUGGAUGAUGGUGCACUUUGACUGCACCGGGUUCUGGGUCAAGGACAAGUACAAGCUGCAGCAGACCUUCAGCGUGGACCCCGUCUACCUCAGGCAUGCCAACUCUGGUGAGGCCACUGACUUCAUGCAUUGGCAGAUCCCCUUGAGCCGGCGCUUUCGCUCCAUUAAGCUCUGGUUCGUGAUUCGGUCCUUCGGGGUGAAGAAUCUUCAAGCACACGUCAGACACGGUACAGAAAUGGCUAAAUACUUUGAGUCUCUGGUCAGAAGUGACCCUGUCUUUGAAAUCCCUGCUAAGAGGCACCUUGGUUUGGUGGUUUUCCGUCUUAAGGGUCCCAAUUGUCUCACAGAAAGUGUGUUAAAGGAAAUAGCCAAAGCUGGCCAGCUCUUCCUCAUCCACGCCACUAUCCAGGACAAGCUGAUCAUCCGUUUCACUGUGACGUCCCAGUUUACCACCAAAGAUGACAUCCUGAGAGAUUGGAACCUCAUCCGAGAGGCCGCUAACCUCGUCCUGAGCCAGCACUGCACUUCCCAGCCAAGCCCUCGGGCUGAGAACCUCAUCCCACCAACCGGAGGCUCUAGGGACCUGACCAGUGGGCUGUCCCUAGAGUCUGUCAACGAGGGAGGUGAUGACCCAGCUCAGGCCCGGAAGAUCAUCAAGCAGCCCCAGCAGCUGGGGGCCAGUGUGGUGAGAAAGGAAGGUGGCUGCGAUGAUGCAGAGACUCCGCUGGAUGCCCUUGAUGACUGCUUCUCGGAAGAGGCCCCAGACACCACCAAGCACAAGCUGUCAUCCUUCCUGUUCAGUUACCUGUCAGUACAGAGCAAGAAGAAGACAGUGCGGUCCCUCAGCUGCAACAGCGUGCCCGUGAGUGCUCAGAAGUCGCUCCCCGCAGAUGGCUCAGUGAAGAACGGGGGCUCCUUCCGGGCCAGAAUCUUUUCCCGGUUUCCGGAAGAAAUGAUGAUGAUGAAGAAAAGUGCCUUCAAAAAGCUGAUCAAGUUCUACAGCGUCCCCAGCUUUCCCGAGUGUAGCUCUCAGUGUGCCCUCCAGCUGCCCUGCUGCCCUCUGCAGGCCAUGGUGUAGACGCGAGCCUUCAAUGCAGAGUUGUGCUUCAGGGAGUUCAUGAACCCCUCAAAAUU